AUGCGUUUCGCUACGGUUUUGACUAAUUCAUUUGCUCUUUUCACAGCCGCCGUACUCGCGGCUCCACAGCACGACGUUGCCAGUCGGUCACAAGAUAGCCAUCAGUGCGAAUUUGACUCGAAAAACUCACCACAAUGCUGGGGCGACUGGUCCCUCUCCACGGACUGGUAUAAGGAAGGACCAAAUACUGGUGUCAUCCGGGAAUAUUGGUUUAAUGUUUCUCAACACUAUGCCGCACCAGAUGGCGUACAACGAUUGGUCAUGACCAUAAAUGGGUCAGUCCCUGGACCUACCAUCUACGCUGAUUGGGGAGAUACAAUUGGCAAGCCUUGGCCUAAUCAAUUUAUAGUCCUUCACGUCACAAACAACCUUAUAACCAAUGGAACGAGUAUACACUUUCACGGUGUACGACAAAACAAUACAUCUCAAGACGAUGGCGUUGCUUCCAUCACUCAGUGCCCAACUGCUCCGGGUGAAUCAAGCACAUAUACUUGGAGAGCCACUCAAUAUGGCACAACAUGGUACCACUCGCACUUUAGCCUUCAGGCCUGGAACGGCGUGUUUGGUGGUGUGGUUAUCCGAGGACCAGCUACAUCCUCUUACGAUGAAGAUAGGGGCGUCUUAUUCUUGAACGACUGGUACCAUCAGACAGUCGACGCUCUGUGGCCACAGGCUUCCCAGGGCGGACCCCCGGCAGCUGACAAUGGUCUCAUCAAUGGCACCAACGUCUACAGAAAGGGUGGUAAAAGAUACCAGACCUCGGUUACUGCUGGGAAGUCUUACAGAAUUCGCCUCAUCAACGGCGCCAUGAACACCAUGUUCAGAUUCUCUAUUGAUGGCCACAAACUGACAGUCAUUGGCGCGGACCUCGUGGCAAUCAAGCCAUACGUUACAGACUCGAUCAACGUGGGCAUGGGCCAGCGGUACGACGUUAUCGUGACCGCCAAUCAAAAGCCUGGGAACUACUGGCUCCGGUCGGUGCCUCAGACGGCCUGCAGUGCUGCCAAUGUCCAAACUCUCAACAUCAAGGGCAUCUUCAAUUAUGACAGUGUUGAUGUCAAGACACCCAAGAGCACCACUAGCGUUAGCAAGGACGAUUGCGAUGAUGAAUCGGACCUGGUGCCUUAUGUUGAGCUUGAUGUUGACCAGUCCGGAGUUCAAGAUGUUUUCAACUUUGGGAUCGACACUUCGUCGGGCAUUUUUCGUUGGACUAUCAAUGGGAGUCCUUUCCAGACGGACUGGGAUGAGCCGACCCUCCAGCAAGUUAUCGAUGGAUCCACCGCAUAUGAAAAGAGCCAGCAGGUUGUCCAUUUGAACGAGGUUGACCAAUGGGUCUACUUUGUUAUUGAGUCCGUCGUUGGACUGCCGCACCCGAUUCACCUCCAUGGUCACGACUUUUUCAUUCUUGCGCAGAAGGCAAGUUCCAGGUGGACGCACCGGUCAGAACUCAACACUGUCAACCCGCCCAGGCGAGAUGUCGCCAUGCUUCCGGCGGGUGGCUACUUGGUCAUUGCAUACCAGGCUGAUAACCCAGGUGUCUGGCUGCUGCACUGUCACAUUGGAUGGCACACCUCGGAGGGCUUUGCGCUGCAGCUCAUUGAGCGCCAGAGCGAGAUCGCCGCCACUGUCAAUGCAGAAAACCUGAAUCAAACUUGCAACAAAUGGAACGCGUUCAAGGACAAGUAUCACAUUGUUCAAGACGACUCGGGCGUAUAA